GGGGAGGAGGCCAUCGCCUUCUACGGCGGCCACUCGCCCGCCGCCAUGCAGACCAAGUACAUGGACGCGGGCUGGGCCAUGGGCGCCUCCAGCUACGAGCUGGCCCGCGGCGUGGAUUGCCCCGAGACCGCGGCGUUCCUGGACGCGCAUCACCUGCUGGACGCCGACGGCCCCGUGCGCUUCCCCAACGCGCUGUGCGUCUUCGAGCUGCCCACGGGCGUCCCGCUGCGCCGCCACUUCGACAGCGACUUCCAGGGCGGCUUCCACUUCUACGCGGGGCUGGAGGGGCGGGCGCUGGUGCUCAGGACCACCUCCACCGUCUACAACUACGACUACAUCUGGGACUUCCUGCUCUACCCCAACGGCGUGCUGGAGGCCAAGGUGCACGCCACCGGCUACAUCCACGCCACCUUCUACACGCCCGAGGGCCGGCGCUACGGCAGCCGCGUGCACACGCACCUCCUGGGCAACAUCCACACCCACCUGGUGCACUACAAGGUGGACCUGGAUGUCGCAGGUGAAGGGCCCCGGCAGCUCCCGACACCCCCUGGCUGUGGGGAGGGUGCAGGCUGGAGCCACGGGGGGUGCCAGGGGGCUGAGGUGCCCUGUUCCUGGCAGGGCGGGAUCACCCGGGCAUCACCUGCACCCUCAGGUGAUGAUCCCCCUCCACGGUGGCAUCUCUGCAGGGUCACUUCCCCCCCACGGUGGUGGAAUCUCCCAGCCCUGGUGACAUCUGGGGCUCCUCUGCGGCAUCUCUGCAGGGUCCCAGCCCCUCAUGGUGGCACCUCUGCGGAGUCCCACCCCCCCAGGGUGACACUUCCCAGGCCACACCCAUGGGGGGACCUGGCCGUGACACGGCGCCACGAGAACGAGCCGAGCAGCAGCAGCAUCUACAGCCAGAACGACCCCUGGGACCCCCCGGUCACCUUCGAGAGCUUCAUCCGCGACAACGAGACCAUCGAGGACCAGGACCUGGUGGCCUGGGUGACCGUGGGCUUCCUGCACGUGCCCCACGCCGAGGACAUCCCCAACACGGCCACCCCCGGCAACGCCGUCGGCUUCUUCCUGCGCCCCUUCAACUUCUUCAACGAGGACCCGUCGGUGGCGUCGCGCGCCGCCGUCAUCGUGCGGCCCCUGGACCCCCCGGCCUUCAGCCAGGUGCACAUCCAGCGCUGGACCCCCGCCAGCCCCGGGCCCUGCGUGCACCCCGAGCCCUUCAGCUACAACGGCACCUCCCGCCCGGUGUGACACGCGGGGACACGGGGACACGGGGACACUGCCACCCCGGGCCCUGCGCGCACCCCGAGCCCUUCAGCCACAACGGCACCUCCCGCCCGGUGUGACACGCGGGGACACCGCGCUGGGGACACCACAGCACAGCCAGCGUCACCUGCCCUGACCCCAGGACCACGCCGGUGGUGCCACCGGGGCGUGGGACGUGUCACACCAUGUCAGGUGCUGCCACGCGCCAAGCCCAGUAAAGGCGGUGUCACCUCCUCUGACCCGGUACCAUGUGGCACACCGGGGACACUGGGACACUGCGGUGCGGGGUGUCACACUGUGCCACCUGCCAGGCUCGGGAAAGGCGAUGCCACCCCUGCCACCACCACGUGGGUCACUGGUGCCAGCAGGACACUGGGACGUGUCACACAGUGCCACACAGUGCCAUGGGCUGGUAAAGGCAAUGUCACCUCCUCUGCUGCUGGCACUGGCACCACGAGGACACCGGUGCCCCCAGGACACACGGCAUGGCUCAUGGCACACGUGACACACGGUACCACCUGUCCGUCCCAGUACAGGUGAUGCCACCCCUUCCCCACCACACGGGACCCCAGUGUCACGGGGACACCACGGUGGGGACAUGUCACACGACGCCACGCGCUGGGCUCAGUAAAGGUGAUGCCACCUC